AUGGGCAAGUUAAUCAAGAACCACUGGGCGCGUCUCGUCAUCCUCACUGCUGCUGCCUACCAAAUAGCCGCUGGAUUCCACUGCUUCUUCUGGCCCAAGAUCUUCUGGGAUUUCCUCACCAAGAACCUCGAUGGCGCUGUCAAGCCCAUUCCCGUCCUGCAAGUCCUCAAUGUAGUUCUCGGUGUCAUUGGCCUCGCCUGGGAGUGGCCCCUACCGCUGCUCGCUGGUACGGGCCUGCAUCGUUCAAUCGAAGCACGCCUCAUCGUCUACCCCAUCAGCGCUCUGUGUGCUCUCCUCAUCUACCAAGGCACAAACUCUGGCCUGUACUACAUUGUCGGCAUGUUUGCUUACUUUUGGGCAUACAGCGAAGGCGAGAUUGUCUGUCCCGAACCAUGGACUCUACCUAAGCGCGGUUCUACUGCGCGUAAAAUAGGCGUAUAG